AUGGUCGAGAAGCUCUACGUCACUUACAACGAUGUGCACAAGCUGUGCCAGGAGGCUGCGCCCAAGAUCCUCAACGACUUCAAGCCGGACUUGAUGAUUGCAAUCGGAGGCGGCGGUUACGUCCCCGCGCGCAUCCUGCGGUCCUUCCUUAAGCAGCCGGGCAGCCCAAACAUCCCCAUCCAGGCUAUCGGUCUGUCGCUGUAUGAAAAGCUGCCCAACUCGGGCGACAAGGACGUCGAAGAGGCUGGUACCAAAGUCACCCGCACCCAGUGGCUUGACAUGAGUGCACUGGGCGAGAUGUCGAACCUCGUCGGUCGCCGAGUCCUGAUUGUGGACGAGGUUGAUGAUACCCGUACUACCCUCGAGUAUGCGGUCCGUGAGCUGCAGAAGGAUGUCGAGGAGGCCCGGAGCAAAAUCAAUUCGGAUAAGAAGACGGAGUUUGCUAUUUUUGUGCUGCAUAACAAGGACAAGCAGAAGAAAGGCAUCCUCCCGGAGGACAUCCUCAAGAACCACUACCAUGCCGCCCGCACCGUCGGCGACGAGUGGAUCUGCUACCCGUGGGAGGCCACCGACAUUGACGAGCAUGACCGUCUGGCUGCCGAGGCGCGGGCCAAGAAGGGUCUGUGA